AUGCACGUGAACAUGUUAAAUGAUAGGAAUACCGAUGGGUUAUUACCGAGGGCUUAUGGCCUACCGAAAAUUCACAAACCGAGCUGUCCUUUCAGAUUAAUCAUCUCGUCGAUUGACAGCUCGUUAUAUUUUUUCGCUAUCUUUGUUCACAACAUCCUUAAAGAUAGCAUCCCGAAGGCUCCUAGCAGAAUAGAUAAUAGUUUUGAACUCGUGGAGAAAUUGAAGGGCAUGAAAUUAGAUGACAAUUACACUCUGAUUUCCCUUGAUGUGGUAUUCUUAUUUACUAAUGUACCAUUAGAUCUGGUCAUUGAAAGUUCCGGUGCGAGUCAGCUAAGGCGAGGACGAAGGGGAUGGCCACUCUACGCCCCCAGAUUGGGCGAGAGACCCCGUAGUCGGCAACGCGACAGGGCGUCCCCGGAGGAUAAGACCGGCAGCCAGGGACGGCCCCUCAAUAGAAUCUUGUUCCUGAGGUUAAAAUUUACUUUGGAGAUAGGAGGUAAUAAACUAAAUUUCCUGGAUGUUACUAUCAUUAAGAACAACAAUAAGUUGGAAUUCGAUUGGUUUCACGAACCAACAUUUUCUGGGAGAUACCUCAAUUUCAUGUCGUCAUAUCCGUUGUCACAAAAACGAGCGGUAAUAAUGGGCGCGGUGGACAGAGCUUUCAUUCUCUCCGAUCCGAAAUAUCAUGUAAAGAACUUGGAAUUUAUUGUGGAGACUUUUUUUAAAAAUGACUAUCCUUUGAAUUUUAUUAUGAACACGAUCGGUAAACGAUUAAGAUCUUUAUUUGUGCAAAAACCUCAGAAGAAGCUCGAACCCACUGUAAAGGAGACGAAAGAGAAUUGGUUCGUAGUACCAUACAUCCAAAAAACUUCUGAGAAAUUCAUUAAUAUAGCGAAGAACGCAGAGGCCAAACCAGCUUUCUUUAGCACUAACAAACUUAAUAACAUAAUUAGAACACAUAAAGAAUCUCUUCCAUGUAAGAACAAGAAGAACGUUGUCUACAGAGUACCUUGUAGAGACUACGAUGCAGCUUAUGUCGGACAAACGAAGAGACAGCUAAAAAUUAGGAUCUCUGAACAUAGAAAUGAUAUCAAUCAUAAGAAUCCACAUUCAGUUAUCACUGAACAUAGGCUGCAUCUAGGUCAUAAAAUAGAUUGGGAGAAAGUCGAAGUGUUAGAUACAGAGAGAUUUUUUAAUAGAAGAUUAGUCUCUGAGAUGCUGCACAUUACUUUACAGAAUGAAAGUCUCAAUUUACAAACGGAUACCGAGUUCUUACAUCACAAUUUACCAAAGAUAGAUAAAAUGAUGAAAGAUCUCAUAAUCAACUUACAAUCUGCAUCAUUAAAAACUGAACCUCUCAAUUAUCAGAUAGACAAACUGCAACAGAAAGUACAAGCAUUAAGUAACUGCAUUGUUGAAUGUGAGCGAAGUUACAUUUCUCCACCAAAGACACUAGACAUUGAUCCAACCUGGAUCAGCAAGUUGGAUCUACCAAACAAUAAGUUGAAAUUGUCUGCAACCGAUGCAUCAUCUAUAUUGAUAGUGCAAAACAAAGAAUUAGAUUUACCAAGCGAUAAGUUGAAAUUGUCUCAAAAAUCGGCUGCACAGUUUCGUGAACCAGCAUCAUCACAUGAGUCGACUGCACCUUCGACAUCCGGGCAUAAUCUGGUACCACAAAAUUACAGUCCAGAAAUAUUACCGGAAAAUUUCCCUGAUUCUCCAGACGUGAUUGUUAUAGAAACAGUCAACGCACAUGACUUGGAACAUGUACACGAAUCAAACCGUGCAGCAGAUAAAGUAAAAUUAUUGAAUGAUCAUCAAUCAAUCGCAACACACAAUAAGCAUAAGAUAAAACUAAGGGAAGAAGAGGAAGAAGAUGACUACUUUCCCUCGGAGGAACCAAAACCCCCACAGCCAGUGAGGGAACAGAGAACAGACCAGGAGGCGGCGACCCCGGCAGAAGGUCCCACCAACACCCAGAAGGAGCACACGACAGAGGAUACCGCCAGAAAGGCUAACAUAUACAUGAAGGGAGAAGAGAAGAACAUACCCAACUAA